AUGUCCGGCAAAGAUCGCGUUCUCAAUGUUGACCAAGCUGAAGCUAUAGCCUCUAUUCUUCACAACGAAUUCCUGCCCAUCAUACGCCAGAACGACCCCGAGUUUUCUGGCUUCGCCGCCGUCAGCAAGUGGGUGGCGGAGAGGAGGAGCGCUAUCCUCAGCGACGACCCGUUAUUCGCGUCGACUGGCGUUCCGGACCAGGACAAGAAGCUUAAGUCGGUGGUGGACCGCCGCUUCAGGAACUACUACCAUGGGGUGCGAGUUCGGGAGAGUCCACUUGGAAAGGCCAUUCUGAAGCACCUCGUCCCUCACCCUACCGGUCUCCAGCUGUUCGAACAAGACGUCAAGCAAGAAUCCGCUGAUGACGACGAUGACGCCAAAGCCCAGAGCUCUCGCCUGAAAAAGCAGUACAAGGCGCUCGAUAAGCCUGUCCACGAUACGUAUGAGAAAGAGGCCGAGAAGAUCGCCAAGGACGUGGAUCAAAACCGCCGAAAGCUCAUUAACAACUUCAAGACUCUAUUGGACGUACUCUGUCGGGACGAGCUAUUUGGUGGGAUGGCAGCGAUCACCUUCUUCAGCUUCAGGGACCUUGACACGAACGAGAUACAACCUGCGCUCUGUGACGGUCGCGUGGCAGACGAUGGUCCGAAGUUUGGUGAACGCGAUGAUGAGGCGAGCGCGCUAACGACGCUUGCGAAUGCCUGGCGCGAGUAUUCAGAGCUUGCCAUCCCUUAUCAAUCUCCUCGUUCGGUCUCCCCGGACCACGACCAUCUAUCCAUCCCUCGCAAUAGUCAGGGCAUCCCGGUUUUUCCUGAUGUAGAUUUAAUGAACAUCAACCCAAAUAAGCUGGAAGAAGUUGUCAUCAACUACUAUCAAGCCGUAUGGGGCCAUUCGGGCGACCUCCGACUUCCUCAUGAUCUUCCUUGGGACGACCUAGUGCGAAAUGCUCCCGACUUCUACGACAUUGAUGGCUACAGUUACCUCUGUUUUGAUAAAGACCGGCUGAGACAGCCGGGGACGCUAUUUCCUCUUGCUGAGGAACUACAACAGCAUUGUGGUAUCGAUUCGCAUGCGCCCUUUACUUUCCGGCUAGCUCCGAGGCCGAAGACCGUCUCGUCCGGUAUCCACCCGCCGUUAUCUUCUGACGCGACAUGUCUCGAUCGGCAAGACGCGCAACAAUACCAGGCUGAGCCUGGUCAGACGGUUACACGCGCGUCGCGUAGUCCAAGCCCCAACCAAGAUGCCGUGCAAGAGCUCAGCUUGCAAGUCUCUUCGGCCGCGGUGCCUGGAUCCACAUUGGAUGUGGAUUGGGAAGUGCCCGGGGAAGAUGCACAGCCUGCACUGGAUCUUAUGCAGCCACUUGCCCAAGCUCGAGACGAUGGCACUCAGCAGCCGCUCAAGUCGGUACACCGCUCGCAGAAGCGUCAGGCGACUGUUGAGUCUCGAAGCUCCGCCACUGAGCUCAAGGCGGAUAAGUCGCUGCGCAGAAACGGGACUCGCGGGCGCGAUGUCGAAGCUCGAGAAACAGGUCGGAAGCGCCCGCGUGUUAAGCACGAUACAGCUACGAACAGCGGUACCACUCUUCAAGACGAUUCUGUUUCCAAGGACGAUGUCAUCACCCAGAACGGCUCAAACGUCGCGCCAGUCUCGUGGCCGUUUCCUGUACCAGGGGAGAAGGAGAUAUUUAUAUCAAAGGGAUAUAAAUUCAAAAUGACGAAGUCAGUGCAGAACAGUUGGCAUGUGGGCCGCCAUGAGUACGUCGACCUUGGUGGAGUUAUCAUGGGCCCUGAAGAGUUCAAUGAUCGGCAAGAGGUACCUGCUAUGGUCGUCAUUGCGCGCGAUCCGGAGUGGAUGGCGGAUCGAAUGGCGAGUCGAAAGAGCUGGCAAAAGCAUAUCCUUGCUCGCCCCGAGGAGUGA